UGUAAUCGACGACAGAUUAAAAUGUUCGUGUGCCUGGGCCUUCAUCAGAACUAAAAAAGAAAGCCCUUCUAUCACACGCAGAGGGAGGGGAGGAUUUCGUAGUACCACAGUUGAGCUAGCGGAUCUUGCCGAGUGAGCCAAGGACCGCGGGAGAUCGUUGCGCCGUCGGUGAAAACUAGGUGAAGCUCUACACGUGGAGAUGAGCUCAUGGGAAAGCUGGUCCACAUUUUGAGACGAGGAGUUGAACAACCAAAACAAAACGGGAGUGUGGCCUUUGAAGGGCAGGGUGAUUGUUCGAGUGUUGAGUGUUUCACGGUCCGGGGAUAAUUUGAUCCGAAGACACCAUGGCGGUGACGAGUCCGGAGGAUCCAGUUGAGGCUAGACCCAUGUUGAAUUCCUCCCCCGAGAAAAAUGAGACCGUGGAGAAGAGAGAGAAACAUGGGGAUGAGGACGAAGGUGUUCAUAUGAAGAGAGAGAUCGGGCUUCUCGAGGGUGUUGCCAUUAUUUUAGGAAUCAUAAUUGGAUCAGGAAUAUUCAUCUCACCCAAGGGAGUUCUUAAAGAAACAGGAUCCGUGGGCAUGUCCUUGGUUGUGUGGAGUUUAUGUGGAUUUCUGUCCAUGAUUGGCGCACUCUGUUACGCGGAACUCGGCACCUCGAUCCCCAAGUCUGGGAGUGACUAUGCGUACAUCAACGAGGCGUUUGGUCCAAUGCCAUCCUUCUUGUAUUUAUGGGCGGCCAACGUCAUCUUCGUACCCACCACGAAUGCCAUCAUGGGUUUGACCGUGGCCAGCUAUCUCGCACAACCUUUCUUCCCGGAUUGUGAGGUACCGCAGCUGGCCAUGCAACUCAUAGCGGCACUCUGCAUUUGCUUCCUCACUUGGUUGAAUUGCCAUAGUAUGAAAGUCACCACCAGUCUACAGAACAUGUUCAUGUUCACCAAGCUGACAGCCUUGGCCUUGGUGAUUGGCGUUGGGUUUAUUGUCUUUGUUCAAGGAGGCUACAAGAGGUUUGACAAUGCUUUUGCCAACACGGAAACGGAUCCGGGGAAGAUUGCCGUAUCGUUUUAUUCGGGAAUCUACUCCUAUGCGGGCUGGAACUAUCUAAACUUCAUGACCGAGGAAUUGAGGGACCCGUAUCGUAACCUUCCCAAGGCCAUCUACAUUUCCAUUCCCUUGGUGACUAUCUCUUACGUGUUGGCUAAUGUGGCUUACCUGGCCGUGCUCGAUCCGGUGUCGAUGAUUUCGUCAAAUGCAGUGGCAGUCACGUUUGCCGACCAGACUUUGGGCAUCGGAUCGCUCUUGAUCCCGGCUUUGGUGGCUGUGUCGGCUUUUGGUGGCCUUAGUUGCCACAUCAUGACAUCAAGCCGAUUGUGCUUCGUAGGAGCUCGACAAGGUCACUUUCCGGACUGCCUUUCUAUGAUUACCGUGGAUAAAUUCACACCCAAACCGGCACUGAUAUUUCUGUGUAUUUUGUCCUUGUUCUACCUUGGCGUAGGGGAUAUUUAUUCCUUGAUCGAUUACGCCUCAUUCGUGGAAUCCAUGUUUAUUCUCAUAUCGCUAACUGGUCUCUUGUAUCUGCGAUGGAAACGACCUAAUAUGGAAAGGCCAAUUAAGGUUCAUUUGGCUGUGCCCAUCACGUUCUUAUUUAUCUGUACGUUCCUCGUGUUCAUGCCCUUGUACGUACGUCCCAUGGAAGUUGGAAUGGGUCUCCUGAUCACGGCAUCAGGCAUCCCCAUUUAUCUGGUUGGAGUGAAAUUAACCAAUAAACCUGCUUGGUUUACAACCUUAUUAGGUCAAGUGACGAACCAGACUCAAAAGCUUUUCAUGUCCGUGAAAGAGGAUUAAGCGACCUUGGAGGGCGGGUUUGGAAACCUUACACAUGCUUCCACCUAUCUUCAUGAUCUGAUGGGAAUUCCGGCCACACAUUUUCUAUAUUUGUAUCUCAAUGUACGUGAUCUCCAAUAAAGGUGUCGUGACCCUCCCCAAACGAGAGAGUUGGAUUUUCUCAUGGCCCUGCA